AUGGUGGUAAAGAUCGGACCCGGAGGUGAGCAGGCGGAGGGAGGAGAGGGCGGGGGGCAGAGGCACAGAGAGACUGUUGGACCGCAGAUCCCUGGCAACACCGGGGGAAGGGGGGUGGUGGGUGGAAGGGGAACGGACGGGCAGGAGGGGAGGAGGGAUGGUGAUGUGACAGGUCAGGUGAUGAUGGGUGAAGUGAUGAUGGGUGAGGUGAUGAUGGGUGAAGUGAUGAUGGGUGAGGUGAUGAUGGGUGAAGUGAUGAUGGGUGAGGUGAUGAUGGGUGAAGUGAUGAUGGGUGAGGUGAUGAUGGGUGAAGUGAUGAUGGGUCAGAUGAUGAUGGGUGAGGUGAUGAUGGGUGAGGUGAUGAUGGGUGAAGUGAUGAUGGGUGAGGUGAUGAUGGGUGAAGUGAUGAUGGGUGAGGUGAUGAUGGGUGAAGUGAUGAUUGGUGAGGUGAUGAUGGGUGAAGUGAUGAUGGGUGAGAUGAUGAUGGGUGAGGUGAUGAUGGGUGAAGUGAUGAUGGGUGAAGUGAUGAUGGGUGAGGUGAUGAUGGGUGAGGUGAUGGGUGAGGUGGGGAGAGAGGUGGGGAGAGAGCGAGUGAGAGGGCAGCUGGGGGCAGGGCGAGGCAACUCACAGCGUGCGACUCACAGCGAGUGCAGGCGGGAGAGCGUGGUGAGGGCGAGGGGGAUGGAGCCUAGAGCGAGCAGUGACGCAGGUGGUGCGAUGGCCGAGUGCAGCACGCGGGGAGAGUGGCAUUUAUGGUCCACCACGGGACCAACACAUGCAUGUGGGGCAGCAGGAGCAGCAGCAGCAGCAGCAACAACAGCAGCAACAGCAGUGGGCGGAGUGGAGGCACUCAUGGUGCACGGGCCCUCCGCUCUCGCACUCCAUGCCUUCGCGCCUCCGCCCAUGCGCAUCCGCUAUGCCCCGCUGCUCCCCUCAUCGCCCCUCGCUCUCUUUCCACCCCGCUUCCCCCCUACGCGCUCCCGGUCCCCCCGGGGCACUGAUAGCUCUGUGACCAUGCUGCCUUUGUCGCACGUGACCCCCUUCACCUGCGCACAGUCCGCGCCUUGCGCCCACCCCGCCGCGCUCAUCCCCCACUCCGCCGCGCACUCCUUCAGCGCCGCCGCUGCGCGCUGA